GACACCACUCUGCAUGUUGCCGAGUAGUUAGUAAGAUCUCUGUCAUCGCGGAGUGCGCACGUAGCCGCCAAACGUUAUGCGACUUACGCCGCUUGAUAAAUAAACGUACGCGGCACACUGAAAUUAUGACUUUUGGACUAAUCGCCGUAACAGAAGAAAGCGGCAGAUUAUUAGUUCUAGAUCGAAAAUUAAGAAUAGUGUCGAGAUAUUGGGAAGUCUACGGCGAUUGCUCUGCCGAGAGGCUCCCUAAGCAGAGGCUACUUUUUGGACUUUAAAAGUUUGCGAAAGUUUUUUUUUUUAUAGACACAAACAAAUUAGUAUUAGUGUUAAGUGCAAUAGGUGAACUGUGUUGUGUUGUUUUUAUUUUUGGGGGAUUUUUUUUUGGAUUCACAAAAUGGUUCCACAACAAAUAUCGGAUGUGAGGUCCUUAACGCCUACAUCCAGUGGUGUUCCCAUUUUUGGUUCACAACUUGUCGACAAAAAUUCGUCGACACCAUACACUGAUGCCACUCAGACGAAAAAGAACAAUCCGAACCACAUCAAGAGGCCGAUGAACGCGUUCAUGGUCUGGUCGCAGAUUGAGCGCAGAAAAAUAUGCGAGCAAACGCCAGACAUGCACAACGCGGAAAUAUCCAAAAACCUCGGCCGCGUUUGGAAAACUUUGAACGACGAAGAGAGACAGCCCUUUAUCGACGAGGCGGAGAGACUCAGGCAGCUCCAUAUGCGAGAGUACCCUGACUACAAGUACAGGCCUCGCAAGAAAACUGCGAAACCAGCGCAGAGGAACGGCGGCGUCUCCAAACAGAAGCGCAAACAACGCGCUGAUACGAACAACAACAGAGGUGUUGCCAGACGACGAUCGCGACCCACACCUCCCAGCGUCCCGAUGAUGCCCAUAGAGACGCCAGCACCACCAGCUCUGCCCGCGUCUCCCGCUGGCUCGCCGGAUUCUCCUGAAUCAGCUUGCUUGUACGAUGACAACUCCCGUCGCGAGCAGACUGACUUAACGGAUCUGUACUCCAUCACGGAUCUACUCCGCCUCCCUGCGGACUGCGAAGUCGACCUGGACGUCCUCACAGACAUGGAGUCCUUUGAGACCGCCUCAUCAUCCUCGGGUUCACACUUCGAGUUCUCCUGCACACCGGACGUGUCCGACAUGCUGAGUGAGAUCGGCGUGACGAGCGCCUGGGACGAGACUGCGUUCUCGUCGUACCUCACGUCGUCUUAGAGCGGUGUUGGGUCGCCUCGGCCGCUGGCCGGUACCACUGAUCUCAUUUUCGAGCCGCCACACGGGGGCCGACGACGCGGCGACCGCUCGCCGCCCCGCCUAGAGAGUGCCUACAUCCAAUUGACGUGUCGACAUUUGGAUUCAAUGUACAAAGUUAUUUAAUAAGGUUUCGAGUGUGUUUAGUUCGCCGAUCGGCCACGUGGCCGAUUCACCUUGGUUCUCUCGGUUUAUCGUUUAGUUUAGAAAGUUAAGCCGGCGUCCUGGAAACGCGAGGUCGGAUCUGGUUAAUAUAGGCUGUGAGUUGGUUCUUUUAAACCGUUGCUUUUAUUGAUUUUAUCAAAUUUAUCCGGGGUGAUUUCAAAACGGCACGUCUCAGACGCAUCUCAGUAAAUAAUCCGUCUUACUCUCCGUCGCCUGGUUAGCAAGCCGCGGACCUUGCAGGUCGAACGCCGCACGCUCGCACCGCGUUGUCGCGUCCGUAUAUUCUAUAAGUGUACAUUACUCGAGUUGGCUUCUUUAUAGUAAGUUUGCAACCCUCGCUCCCUUACUUUAUUUUAUAACUUUUAC